GCUGCAGGACAGCUCAGACUUCAACCUUACUUUCACUCAACCCGGUUUUCUCUCCGGGGAAGAAAGCAUCACAAUCUCACAACUCUCAAAUUCCUCAAACCCAUAUCGAGCACGUGCCUUCAGCUUGCCCUCAUGUGCUCUCCAAGCCGGCUAUACAGAGGCCACAUCCAAAACCUCGUCCGGCAGAACAACACCGAGGUUCUCCGGCGAUCACGAUGGCAGAUUCAGAAACUUCGAACAUGACCCCGACAUCGAGAAGAAGCCGGCAAUCCUUUCCUCAGAAGAAGAGCCCAGGCCAGAUCCGGCAGACCAUACCGGCGGCUGCACCGGCACACCCCACGGAGACAAUGCUACUACUCGCCCUCGUCUGCCCAUCCGCGCGCGUCUCGCCCACUUCACCUGGGCAUGGUACACACUCACCAUGUCAACCGGCGGCUUAUCACUCCUAAUCCGCGCGCAACCGCAUCAGUUCCCCGGCCUCCGACAGAUCGGACUAGCCGUGUACAUCCUCAACCUAGUCCUCUUCGCACUAGUCACAUCCGCCCUAGCAGCCCGCUUCUUCCUCUUCUUCCCCGGCUCCCUCACCCAAUCCCUAUCCCACCCCCGCGAAGGGUUUUUCUUCCCAACAUUUUUCCUCUCCCUGGCCACAAUCAUCACUUCCACACAGCGCUACUGCGUCCCCUCGCACCAACCGGACCAAUCCGCCCCCGGCCAGGGCCUGCUAUGGGCAAUCCAAGUCUCCUUCUGGAUCUACGUGGCCGUGACCAUCAGCCUAGCCAUCGGUCAAUACUCCUACAUCUUCUCCACCCACCGCUUCGGCUUACAGACCAUGAUGCCGACCUGGAUCCUGCCCAUCUUCCCCGUCAUGUUAUCAGGGACCAUCGCGUCAGUCAUCUCAGAAACCCAACCCCCCUCCACGGGGAUCCCCAUCGUCACAGCAGGCCUGACCUGCCAGGGGCUGGGCAUGGCCGUGGCGCUCAUGAUGUACGCGCACAUGGUCGGGCGGCUGAUGCAGUCUGGCCUGCCGGACCGGGAGCACCGGACGGGCUUGUUCAUGUGCGUCGGCCCGCCGGCGUUUACGGCGCUGGCUUUCAUCGGCAUGGCGCGGGGCCUGCCGGAUAAUUUUGACGCCGACAUGGACGGGUUGCUGGACAGCGGCAUGAUUGAGACGAUGGGCAUCAUUGGCGCCGGGUUUCUGUGGGCGUUGAGUUUCUGGUGGUUUGGCAUUGCCGUGCUGGCCGUGGUGCAGAGCCCACCAAAGCACUUCCACCUGGGUUGGUGGGCGGCUGUGUUCCCCAAUACUGGCUUCACGCUGGCCACCAUUUCGUUGGGCAGCUGCUUUCAAAACGAGCUGGUUCUGUGGUUCUCGACCGCCAUGUCGAUCGUGCUGCUGCUGACCUAUUUGUUCGUCUUGUACCACAAUAUCCGGGCUGUAAUAGUGCAGGACAUUAUGUAUCCCGGGCGGGACGAGGAUGUGGAAGAUCAUUGA